GUAGGAAACGAUGAAAGAAAGUUCAAAGUUUAGUACACAGAAGUGACAAUCAGAUUUAUUUGUAUCAAGUCAGAUCAUGGAGAAAGAAGAAGGACCUGGGGAAGAGUAUACGGGAGGUGACGAUGUCCUCACUGAAGAGGAGGACGCUGGAGAGGCGGAACCAACACCAGAGCAGCAGAUGAUAGACAACGCAAGGGAUCUGCUGGGAUUGAAUGAGACCACUACUGGUACUCCCAAGGACGGCUUCGUGUCUAAAGUGUUCCGUCCACUGGCCACUGCCCCGCUCUACCCAGUGCAACUAGUUCAGGUGCUGAUUCAACUGGGCUAUGAGCCGACGCCCCCGCAACGUCGCUACAGCUUCUUCUUCCGCCAAUACCUCUACUACUACCCGGGGAUAUACGGAUAUGCCAAGAAUAUCGUACAGAAGGAUGGAUGGAAGGCACUGUAUCGAGGUCUGGGAGUAUCUCUGUUCAGCUCUGUGGUCGGAAUAUCAGCACAUGCUCUUAUACACCCGAUGGUGACUCAAGCAGUGACAAAUCUCCCUGUCUACACUGUCAGUGAAGCCACUAGCAGCGAUGUCCCUGACACUGAGCCUCAGGAAAUUGAAACGACUCGUGCUGUACUAGUACAAGCUACAAGAUCAUUUGUUAUUGGUCUCAUUACGAGCGUCUCCGUGGAGAUGAUUGUUCGGCCGUUCAACAUGAUUGCUAUACGCUCAAUAGCACAACACGUCGGUAAAGAAAGCAUGUACAAUGGAGUGUUCUCUUCAAUACGACAGAUUUACAACGACGAAGGGUUGACUGGAUUCUACGCUGGUUUAGCCCCUGCGAUCCUAGGCCAUGCAUUCAGUUGCAUCAUCUACUCUUCGAUGUGGAUUGCCUUCGAAAUGAUUGCAAUAAACUGUCCAUACCGAUGGAUGAAGCUAUUUAUCCGUGGUCUCGUCGCUGUACCUCUCCUGGCGUACAUCCCUCGUACUUAUUCAUAUCCCUUCUCACUCAUGACCAACAUGAUGGCUGUCAAUAAAACGCAACUACAGGUGGCAGCAGGACAGCCAGGGUACUGCUCGUGGCGCGACUGCUAUAGAGACUUGAAGUCGACCGGAUCGCUGUAUAGAGGGUCAGUGGUACUCUUCCCAAGAUUUGCUUAUAAAGAACUACCCACUAGUUCAUAGAAUGGACACAAACUAUGAUAUUGGUCAUUAUUAUAUAUUGUUGUGUCCCUCGUGUAUAUUUAUUAGAGAAUUAUAAUUAUAUCUACUUGUACACUAGACAUUGUAUAAUUGUUUGUAGUCAUGUAUGACAGUUUUGGUUAAUGGA